AUGGCGUCGGCUCCAGCUCGAGCUAUUGCGGUGGUGGCUCUCAUGUUCGCGUGCUCUGGGUUGGCCAUGGCCGCGGACAAAGCACCGACAUGGCUGAGGGCGCAUGCCACGUUCUACGGCGGCGCUGAUGCCUCCGACACCAUGGGUGGGGCGUGUGGAUACGGCAACCUGUACUCGGCGGGCUACGGGACGCGGACGGCGGCGCUGAGCCAGGCGCUCUUCAACGACGGCGCGUCAUGCGGUCAGUGCUACAAGAUUGCUUGUGACCGCAAGCUUGCGGACCCGAUGUUCUGCAAACCCGGUGUCACCGUGACAAUCACGGCCACGAACCUCUGCCCGCCUAACUAUGCACUCCCGAGUGACAAUGGAGGAUGGUGCAAUCCUCCGAGACCGCACUUCGACAUGGCGCAGCCGGCCUGGGAGAAGAUUGGUGUCUACAAGGGUGGCAUCAUCCCUGUCAUGUACCAGAGGGUUCCAUGCGUGAAGAAGGGUGGGGUGCGGUUCAAGAUUGCUGGUCACGAUUAUUUUAACCUAGUUAACGUGUUCAACGUCGCAGCUGACGGCUCGAUCAAAUCCAUGGAUGUCAAGAGCUCUGACUCAGACACAUGGGCGCCAAUGACUCGUAACUGGGGCGCGAACUGGCAAUCUCUAGCUAAUCUUACCGGGAAGAUGCUCUCAUUCAGAUUGACCAGCACGGAUGGGCGGACGCUUGUGUUUAACAAUAUUGUGCCGGCUGGAUGGACAUUUGGGCAAACAUUUGCGAGCAAAUUACAGUUUUAA